UUCUUCGCAUCAAUGCGCCGUCCAACGAAACGAAAGCUCUUAGAUGUAGAAGGUCAAGUGGAAUCCGAAAGCCCUGAAACGAAGGAUCGUGGAAAUGUAUACCCUAUCCAUUUGCUCGCACGAACAGUCGCAAUCAUUGUGAUUGCGGGAAUCUUACUCUUCAUGGCAAAUCAUCAAUUUUUCUCCCAAACCUGGACCCACACACAAUUACGGCAGUCACCGACAAAAACGACUGGGAAACAAUGCCGAGAACAAAAGAGACCAGUCGUUUACGAUUCGAAAGCACAAGCAGCCGGACGAAAAAGCCGAUUUCCAAAUGUGGAAGAGCGGAUUCGGGUAUACAUGUCAAAUUGGUACACACCACCGUGUGACGACUUUCAUGAUGGUUUCGUGCAUUAUGAAUACUACAAAAAUAAUACAGAUCCCCUUUCGUCUUUUUACACGAUCGACGAGGUAGCCUCUUUCAACACGUCCCCAAAACAACGAUCUUUCCACAUCGACUCCUCCAUUAAGCCCGCCUUGAUGUUUUACGCAACGAGAUACUUCCUGGAUAUUUGUGCAAAGACGCUGACGCCAUUACGGUUCUACUGUACAGACGGGAACGAAACAAUUUUACACACUAUGCAACAGCUCGGUUGGAGCGAGCAAUUUGAAGUAAGGGUUGGGACGCCGCCAUUACUGCUUCAAUUCGGUGACGCCAAAGAGACUCAUGCUGUCGAAUCAAUCAGCGAAUUACCCGUUUCUUCCUACCCUAGAGUACCUCACAUCAAAAAGUUUCGGCGCGCAAUUGGCGAAAAGGAAUUAAAAAGUUUCAAUGCAGAGGAGUGUAUUCGAACGCUCAGGCCCGGUUUUCAAGAUCACGAUCCAUACAGUCUACUACCAAUCGUUUGGAAACUGAAUACUAAGCGGCACUACGGAGAUCUUUCCAAGACGGCUUGUUUGGACAUUCCCUGGUCCUCCAAACAAAACUCCUCCGUAUUUCGUGGAAAACUUAACGGAGCCGCUAUCUUCGAUCCUAUUUCCAAUGAGGAAAAAUGCCUUCAGAUGCCGCGUUGCCGCUUAGUUUAUACCCACGUAAACUCGACUUUGGUCGACGCCUUUCUCACAGAUAUGAUGCAUAAGUUACCCAGCAAGAUAGCGGACGUCCAGCUGACGACGUCUAUCUUCUCAAUCCAUGAUUUGCUGAGAUACAAGGGACUAGUAAUGCUGGAAGGAAACGAUGUUUCAUCGGGACUGAAAUGGGCCCUGUUAUCGAACUCGGUCGUACUGAUGCCACGUCCAACCUUCACUUCCUGGGCUAUGGAAGAGCUGCUGGAGCCUUGGGUUCACUACGUUCCCUUGGAUGAAGGGUUGACGGAUGUUGAGGACAAGAUGCAAUGGAUCGUAGAGAACGACGCUGAGGCGCAGCAAAUCUCAAAGCGUGCCAGUCUUUGGAUUAAAGACUUGGUCUACCAUACAGAUUCCAUGAAAGACGAUCAACUCGUUUUUAAGGGAAUUCUCGAACGUUACAGACAGCAUUUUAGGAAGCGCCCGACAACUUGA